GAUUUCGUGCUUUCAGUUUAAGCGCACCGAGAAAACAAGAUGUUGAAGUAUUUGUGGAUGGAAAUCCCAUUACGAUAGAACAAGGAAGUGCUGUAAUUCAAGCAUGUGAAAAAGCUGGCUAUGCAAUACCUCGCUUUUGCUUUCACGAGCGGUUAUCCGUUGCUGGUAAUUGCCGAAUGUGUCUUGUUGAAUUGGAAAAAUCACCAAAACCUAUCGCUUCUUGUGCAAUGCCUGUUAUGCCCGGAAUGAAAAUUAAAACUGACACACCUCUUGUGAAAAAGGCACGUGAAGGUGUUAUGGAAUUUUUAUUAGCUAAUCAUCCUUUAGAUUGUCCAAUUUGUGAUCAAGGUGGUGAAUGCGAUUUACAAGAUCAAGCCAUACGUUAUGGUAGUGAUCGAGGUCGAUUUCAUGAAGUUGCCGGAAAACGUUCAGUUGAAGAUAAAGAUUUUGGACCUUUGGUUAAAACGAGCAUGACAAGGUGUAUUCAUUGUACACGUUGUGUUAGAUUCGCUAAUGAAGUUGCCGGAGUUCCUGAAUUGGGUACAAGUGGAAGAGGCAACGAUAUGCAAAUUAGUACAUAUAUUGAACGUACUUUGAAUUCAGAAAUGUCUGGUAAUGUCAUUGAUUUAUGCCCUGUUGGUGCUUUAACCGCCAAACCGUAUGCCUUCUCAUAUCGUCCAUGGGAACUAAGAAGGACGGAAUCAAUUGAUGUUUUGGACGCUAUCGGUAGUAACAUUAGAGUAGAUUCAAGGGGAGUUGAGGUUAUGCGAAUCUUGCCUAAAAUAAAUGAUCAAGUGAAUGAAGAAUGGAUUUCUGAUAAAACAAGGUUUGCCUUUGAUGGACUUAAAAGGCAAAGACUCACCACACCAUUAAUUCGUCAAGACGAUAAAUUUAUAGUUGCUUCAUGGGAACAGGCCUUGACACGUGUAGCCAAUGAAAUUCAUCAGGUUAAAGGUUCUGAAGCCAAAGCAAUCGCUGGACAGCUUGCAGAUACAGAGAGCUUGGUUGCCCUUAAAGAUCUGUUUAAUCGCAUUGGUUCAGAUAAUUUUGCCAUAGAUACGACUAAUGGAUCUCAGGUACCCGCUCAUGGUGCUGAUAUUAGGUCAAAUUAUCUUUUGAACAGCAAGAUUGCGGGCAUUGAAAAAGCCGAUGUAUUGUUAUUAGUAGGUACCAAUCCACGUCAUGAAGGUCCUAUACUUAACACUAGGAUCUUUAAUAGCUAUCUUCGUAAUGGACUGGACGUUGGAUUAAUAGGGUUUGCCGCCAAUACUACUUAUGAUUAUGAUCAUAUUGGCGAUAAUAGCGAAGCACUUGAAAGUAUAUUAAAUGAGAAUCAUCCGUUUGCUAAAAGGAUUGCUGAAGCUAAGAGACCAUUGAUUAUAGUUGGUAGCGGUGUUUUAGGUAAUCCUGAUUCCGAAUACGUAUUUUCUACUAUAGCAAAAAUAACGAACAAAUAUAAGAACUCCUUCUUCCAGGGUGAUUGGAAUGGAUAUAACGUAUUACAAAUGUCUGCAAGUAGGGCUGCAGCUUAUGAUAUAGGAUUUAUUCCAUCAUCAGAGACUUCAAAUAUCACACCUAGAUUCGUUUAUUUAUUGGGUGCGGAUGAAAUCGUCCCUCAAGAUAUUCCAAAGGAUGCAUUUGUGGUGUAUCAGGGCCAUCAUGGUGAUACCGGUGCAUAUUAUGCUGACGUAAUCCUCCCUGGUGCCGCUUAUACUGAGAAGAGUGUGACAUAUGUAAACACCGAAGGUCGAUCACAAUUGACACGCGCGGCAGUUCCACCCCCAGGAGCUGCGCGUGAGGAUUGGAAGAUCAUUCGAGCUUUGUCAGAACUAGCAGGCGUUACAUUACCAUAUGAUGACUUACACUCUCUUCGUGACCGUAUGAGUGAUAUUGCACCGCAUCUUACACGAUAUGAUGUAGUUGAGAGAGUGAGUAAUCCCGAAUUAGGACUUUCACGAUUGUAUUUCACGGGCUAG